UUCGCCGAGAACACCGACGGGAGGGUCCAUCGGAAAUUUCGGUACCCCGUUAUGCCGCGGCCUUCUCUAUAUAUCUGACAUCAUGGGACCAGGAGAAGUCACUGUGGUUCUCGUCAUGUAUUGGCUUACCGGCGGGGUAGGAGCAGCAUCUCUCUCUCCCGACGAUCAAUACUUCCCUUACCAGUCUCCAUACAGAACCGAUGCUGCUCAAGUACCUCUCAGCUAUCCCAACUGGUUGAAAUACCAACCGGAUUUGGCCACAAGAUUGGAAGCACCGGAUUACACUUCUGGAUACAGAAGGACUGAAGUCAAUUAUGUUUCCAAGGAUCGGGCAACACUAGAGGAUUCGGUAAUUCCAGAUUUGAAUAUUUUACCAUUUAUUCCUGGCAACUGGAAUUUCACCGGUUCCACUGAUCCCAAAAAAAAUCCGACCGAAUCAGCAAUCAAGAAUUUCAGAACCCUGGAAGUCUCCAAAAGUGUCGAAACUUCGAAUGAUGAAGAUUUCACAGAAGAGGACACUUUCCAGGACCAAGGACCAGGUUCUGUGGAGGUUUAUAAUCUCGACCUUCACCGUGAAACUUCUUUGCUCGUACCACAUGAUGCUGAUCAACAAAUAGACAAGGAAUCACGGGUGAAGAGCAAGACACCCAAAAAAGCUAAAGUUGAAGAAAUUUUGUGGAAACUUAAACCCAUAGAUGCUAACAAAUCUCAAUUACCGGCAGUAUUUCGUCAGCCUCCACGCCUUGUCAAGGAUUCGAAAUUGUCUCGAGAAUCCAAUCGUAAGGCUAAGAACAGCCGCGAUGAUGAAGUGUUCGCCGUUGGGGGUGUACCUGAAUUACAAGUUGGUUGCGAAGGUCUUGAAGCCUCUGGAAGAAAGAAACGCUCGGAAGGAUCAGAUGUCGAGAAUACAAACGACAGUGAUGACUGGGACAAUUCGGAAAAGUAUCCAGAUCCGGUAUACCGAGAAUCCACGGAGCCCAUACUGCUUCGUGUGACCCCAAUAAUCCUGGAAAACGAUGAUGACGAGCCACCGUCAGGUGAAGUUUACGAGGAAAUGGAUGCACUCAUGAAGUUAAAGGAACUAGAGACCACCAGUCCAAAACCAACGACGAAACGAUGGAACCGGGCUGAUAUAGAUCCGGCCCUCGAAAUGUCCAAGCACCAAGAGAAACAAGUGGGAAUCGAAACGUUUCCGGAACGAGGUGACCUAGGACCUACGAGUAAUAGCAGCAGCAGCAGCAGUGGUGUAGGGAAGUCAGUAGAUGGAGAAGAUCCGAACGGAAGGACUCUAGAGAACGAGCGAUUUCGAAGGGACACUGUUUCGGUAGAUUCUUCUGCGUCGUUUAACACUGACCUCAAAAGCGACAAGGGCACGUCUCGAUCUUCGUUAACGCAAGUUGAGAAUACACAUAAGCGAAACGGACGAAAGAUACUCUGGGCCCAAUAUUCGGAUAGGCAAAGAAUAGACGAACCAGAUACGAGCUCAAGAUACAAUCAAGCAAACAGGAGACAUCCAGAAGACUCAGAUUUGUGGGGUUUUGCUGAAGAAGACGGAGAUUUAUCUGAUACUGAGGAUGAUCUUGAUUUGGAUAAACUAAGAGAAGCUGAAGUUGAAAAGAGACGACGUGAAUACGAACGAAGGAAACAAGAGGAAUUGUACAGAAGACGUGGAGAAGUGAGAGACGGUCAUUCCGCACAUCCCGAUAGUGGUACUUCAAAGGAUCGAAACGUCAAUACAGAGAUCGAAAAAAUUCGUGAAGAAUACGAGAGGCAACUAGAAAAACAGGAGAGAGAACGACAGAGUGUGUCAGAAAGGAAGAAUGAACGGGACCACAGACAUGGAGGAGGACAGAGGAGCGAAGAGAUGAGACGACGACAAGAAGAAGAAUCUAGGCGUAGAGCACAGGAAGAAGAAAGACGCAGGAAUUGGAAUAGAAUGCGUGAAGAAGACGAGAGGCGGAGGAGACUCGGAAGCCAGCAAAGUCAUACAGAUCCGCCAUCUCCUCUAACGCGGCUGGAAUCACCUGCCGAACGGAAUAAAAGUGAAAAUCAGAAAGAUAAAGAAAAUGAAGAACGCAAACUCCGAGAUUAUAUUGAAAGAAAUCGUCCAAUCGACCCGAAGAAAACUGGAAAUCGACGAAGGCCUAACGAAGAGGUUGUCGAUAACGAUCCACACAGAAGAUACAUGGAGUAUGAAGAAAAACGCCGUAUUGAAGAGGAACGGAAACGCCAGCAAAUGGAAGAACAUCGAAGGAGACAAAAACUACCAAGUGAAGCAGAGAAACAGCGCCAAAUGGAAGAAGAUCGUAGAAGGCAACAUGAAGCGAAUAGACUGGAGGAACACCGAAGAAGGCAGCAUGAGCUGCGUGAGAAUGAAAGAAGAAGACAAAUGGAAGACCAGCAUAGACAACGAGAUAGUGAUGAAAGGAGAAAGCAAAUCGAAGGGCAGCGAAGGCGAGAUCAUCCGGACAGUCGUCGAAUGGAAGAGGAAAGAGGACAUCGCCUUGAAGAGGAGAGGAAGCUUCAGGACUACGUACGACGAAAUCAGCCAGUAGUGGUACCAAAAAGAAACAACAGCCAAACUUUCAACGGCUCACAAGAAAGUAAUCUAGAGGAACAAAGACGCACGAUUGCGGCGGCAAGACAAUGGGAUCGUAGCAGGCGACCGAUUGUGAACCCCAAUGAAGGCAGAAUGCACGGUCCUUCGGCUCCAACAACUACUGGUCAACGUCAUCCGCAAGACGAUCAAGAAGACAUGAGACGAAAACAAGAGAGGUUUGAGGAGGAGCAGCGUAGGGAAUCAAAUCGACGAAGGAUGGAGGAGGAAGAGCGCAGAAGAGAGGCAGAAUAUCGACGUGUCGAGUCAAGGAGGCGAGAAGAGGAGAGAAAACGCUUGGAGGUCGCAGCUAGAAGGGACGAGGAAAGUAGAAGAGCACAAUCUGCAGGUCGGACAAAUCCGUGGCAAGAAUACGGCUCUUCUCGUCGUCCAGCUGGUCAAGAGCUCCAUCGAGAUGCUGAAGAGCUUCGGAGACGAGAAUCAGCCGGAAGGACAACGAGUAACGCAAUGCGAAAUCAAGAAUUGGAGUGGAGAAGGCGAUCCGAAGAACGCGCUCAGCAACAACGGGAACAGGAACGACAAAAGCAGAGAUUAGAGAAUGAGAGAAAUUCCAGAAAUAAUCGAAAUCGACGACCCCACAACGAGGAUAAUAGGCCAAAGCCGAGGCAACCAAGCGAAAGUGUCAGAGGCGGCUACAACGAAGCAGAGUGGAGAAGACGUGAACACGCCAGGCUGAACUCUCUUCCCGUCAGUGCCAGGAUAAUAGUACGCUCGGAUGGUCCUUCUCGAAAUGGUGGAAGAACGCCAUCUCAAGCGACCCCAUCAACGCCGCAACAUCCUUUCAUACCGCCGAUCGGCACAAGAGGCAACUUUGACAACGACGUCGAUUUUCCGGUUCUAACCCCUAAUCGCCCAGGCUUGGCAGCGCAACGAUUUCCAGCUCCAGCGACACUGAGACCACCAGUGGAGAGUCCCGGUGCUUGCGUUUGGGCCAUCGUUCAAUGCUGUCCUUCAAACAACCGUCGAACAGCGUGCUUUGAAUCAAUGGGAUGUCCCGGAGCCGUCUGGGAUCCCAGCCCGUGCAGAAGUGCGUUGGCUGAUGCAGCUCGGGAACAGAUCGUCAAAUUCUAUGCGGCCGCUGAUCGAAGAAAUACGAGAAACUAAAGAAUUGCUCUUCGACAAAACUAUUAAAUUUCAAUCUUAACUCGAAUUCAGUCAACGUGCUACUAUCACUCUCGCUGAAAAGAAACAAAAUGAUUUCGCACAGAAAAUUGAUUAAAAAAUCCACUUCAACACUUUGUAUUCUGAACAAAUUUUUCAACAUGAGUGACUUUCAAUUUGAGUAACAACCAAUUUUUUUUUUAAUUUCCAUUGAACUGUACAUUGAAACGACGUAAAAGAUUUUUUGUACUCAACUAACAUAGAUAAAUACGCAGUAGCACAUCUUGAUCGAAUUUCCGAUCAAAAUACUCUUAAUAUUGCAUUCAUUUCCUAACGACAAAUUGAUAGCGUAUAAUUUCAUAAGCAAAAGAGUUAUUUUUUUAUUUCGCUUUUUCGCCACAUGUACGUCUUGUAUUAAAAAUGAAAAAUAUGACGUAAAAAGAAGUUUGAAAACCGAAUGUGGAUAAAUAGUAAUGGCAUGCUCGUCUUGUCUUAAGCUCUAAAUAUAGUUAGACGAAUGUGAUCUUGAAAUUUGUACUAACUCAAUACGGAAUCUGAUCCCUGACUCUACUCCGAACAGUGCCUUAACAACUCAGUACGAUUCAUGUGUACCCACGCGUGUAUGUGUGCGUGUAAUUGCGUGUGUGUGUGCGCGCAUAAGUGUGUCGUUUUUUUGAUGUAGACUAAACGAAACUUUCUCGAAUUUUGUUGGUGAUAUAUAAAUGAAUUUUACCCAUGAUGAGCAAUGACGGGCAAUGUAUUAUAGUAAAAGUAUUUAUCUCAAAUGUACACUCGCGUAUCUAAAUAAAAUUGAAACUAAUAUGAACAAUUGAAAAUAAAAGUGUUUACAAAUUA